CCGGCUAGGGAGGCAGGCUGUGGAGUCGUGGCGCCGCACGGCCGACAUGAGUGACGUGGGCUGGUCGCCACACGCCAGGGUGUUCGGCGGCUUCGUCACCCACGUCGGCCUCUACCCGUUCGCCGCGUACAUCUUCAUCCUGAAGCAGAUCACGACACUGUCGUGCAGCGUCACGAUCGUGGCACCCAAGUGGGUGCUGUCUGCAGCCCACUGUGUCAGGGGCAUGCACUGGCAAGGUAUAAUAUUCGCUGGCGAUGUGGACUUCACGACCGACAGACUCUUCACAAAAUACAACAUCCAGAUACGGAUCGUCAGAGAAACGUUCGACUACACUCCACCAAAGCCCGACCAACUGGUUCACGACAUCGUGGUGGUCGAACUUUGGAGGGAACUUAGUAUUGAAACGGGUUAUGUCACUACCAUUCCCCUGACGGAAAACACAAGGAGAACGGGCUGUGCACUCUGGACGUGGAGAAGAAGUCCUCGUGCAAGGGCGACUCUGGGGGUCCCGUCUUCUGCGCGGGCCGCCACGUGCUGAUGGGCAUCAUCACGGGCGGCCGCUUCAAGAACUGCAGCAUGCAGUGGUGCGGCGCGCCGAUGUUGCACAACUACCACAUGUUCGUGGGCUACUACCGCAGCUGGAUACUGCGCAUCAUCCAGCCUCAGCUCAGUGGUGGGGGGCAGCGAGGGUCUGGCUCCGCACCACUGCCACAGGCCAGCGCCUCACUGCUGCUUGUGCUCAGCUGUGCAAUAAACAUGUGUCCAGUG